GAGGGCUUGAGUAGUUUGAGGUGCUAAGUGAAGGUGCUCAUUUUUCCCUUUUUUUUUCUAUUUUCUACUUUUUUUUUCCCCCUCCGGUCUUCUCCUUUUCCCUUCGUCGUCGUCGCCCUGUUGCUUCACACCUGUUACCUUCCUCUGGACUUACCCUGAGCUUGUCCUCUUGGAUCCUCCCCUAGCUGCAACAUUGUCCUGUAGGACCUAUCAUCUGUAUCAAUCUUCAUCAUGACUGGCGCUCUGUCCCUUUCGAGCUUUUCUUCCAACGACACGCUCCUCAAGCUCCCCCAUCCCCAUCUCGCCGAGUACACCAUCCGCAGAGCCUUCAGCCGCGAUGAAUUCGCCGGAAAAUCCCAGGACGGGGGCUUACACUUCUACCAGCUGAUCGCCCGUGACAACCAAUCGCAAAAGUCUCCUCAGUCUCCUCAGUCUCUGCCAGAACCCCUACACAAGGCCGAUUUCUACUUCACCGAGCCGGCCUUCCUCAAGUCGAGCGAGCUGCCACCGGACUCCAACAACAGUGCCUGGGCUCGUGCAAGACGGUCUCCCAGCUGCGUGUCUUCCUGGGAUGGCCCGCAUCCGCCGACUCUGGCGCAAGCAUGGCUGCUAGUCUAUGCUCUCUUCACCAUUCAGCCGACCGCAGAGCUCGCGCGGUGGGAGCUGCGUGGCAAGGCCGCGUCCCUUCUGGGACAACAGCUGAAGGACGUCUUGUUGGCGAUCGACCACCCCGUGCAGGCCGGCCAGGAGGCACCCGAAUCUACCCCGACCAAGACCACCGUCGUUCUCCUCCGCAGCGCCUUCUGGCAGGGCGCCGGCUCCCCCUUCGGCCCCCGCGCCGCCUGGCUCCCUUCCGAGUCGCCCUCUUCCCUGCCGCCCUCGCGCCCACUCUCCUCCUAUCCCCUGACGCCGCUUCAGCACACCAUGACCCUUACCCCGGCUGGUGACCCGUCGAACCCGACUCUGCACCAGCAAGCAUGCCACCCGAUCCGCCCGGCGAAGCCUGCCCCCGGCGCGGUGGUCUAUAGCCGCUGGAUCCCGCACCUCAAGGAGACGUUUUCCAUGGUGUGCCUCGACUACCACGACGAGGAGCAUCUUCGUCUCUUUCAUGAGUGGCAGAACGACCCGCGCGUCUCGCAGGGCUGGAACGAGACGGGCACCUUGGAACAACACCGCGAGUACCUUGGCCGGAUCCAUGACGACCCGCACCAGUUCGCCUUGCUUGCGGCCUGGGAAGGCACAUUUUUCGCCUAUUUUGAGGUGUAUUGGGCCAAGGAGGACAAACUCGGCGGCUACUACGAUGCCCAAGACUGGGACCGUGGUCGCCAUUCCCUGGUCGGCGACGUGCGGUUUCGCGGCCCCCAUCGCGUGAGCGCUUGGUGGUCGUCCCUCAUGCACUACCUCUUCCUCGACGACCCUCGAACCACCUUCGUUGUCGGCGAGCCCAAGAAGACCAACGACACGGUGCUCAUGUACGACUUGAUGCACGGGUUUGGGCUCGACAAGUUUGUCGACCUGCCGCAUAAGCGGAGCGCUUUUGUCCGCUGCUCGAGGGAGCGGUUUUUCCAGCUUUGCCCCCUGGGUGACAACGAAAAGGUGGUUGGCGGUAUGCGCAUCGGCUUGGUCCCGAAGCUGUGAGACCAGCUCUGCUCGGGCUUCGAUUUUUCUUUUCCUGGGGGGGUUUUCUUUUUUCUUUUUUUUCCCUUGUGAUCUAUACCAUCGGAGUUUUGGUUUUCGGAUCCGCAUCAGUUCGUAUUGGAAAUAUAAGACAUGUCGAGUAUAAAAGAAAAGCAAAAUUGGAUACAUCAACUUCUAUCGAAUCCAUGAAAGCAAGAGAAAAGGCAUUGUAUGCUCCGUACUGAGAUGCGGAAACCAUGCUACCCCUUCGCCGUGUUGUCUAGCCUCUAGGUCAGUUUUCCCAUAAUAUGUCCAUACACGCUAC